GAGAAGUUCGAAGUGCGUCUACUGAUAACGAAAGUAGACACGAACCGGCAAGAACGUGAGAAGACACUGAAGGUGUGACAUAAUGAAAGUGUACCAACAUAUUUUACGUUAUUUAAUGCAAUAUCUGUAAAGUAUUCCAAUGCUGUUUAAAGGUUUCACCAGUAACUUAAAACAUAUAAGAAGAGUAUUUCCCAUUCCUAACUUCAGAUCAGCUUUGACGUCAUUUUCAUAUAACAGUUGUUGUACACAAAGGAUUCCUAAACUAUUGCCCUGUGUGAAGGUCAAGGACCCCCAGUAUGAUGGUGUUGUUAUAGUAACAGAUUCUCCAUCCAAACUUGUGGGUGAUUUAGAGCCUCUCAAAGAUGUCAUUGAAAAAUAUGGCGAGAUUGAUGAAGUUUAUACAAAGGAAGUGAUAUUUAUAAAAACAGAUGUUAUUCCAUCAAAAAGAUUGAUAUUUUCCCCUACUGGACCACUGAAUAGAGAUUAUGAUGAUGUCAGAAGGUUUGCAGAUGCAGCUGUUAAAGGAAUGCAAAGAGCUCUGAAGGCUGGUUGCAAGAAGCCUUUAUUUGUACGUCCAGUAGAUGACAACUUUGUUGGAUUUGCAGGCAAAGUAGCAACUCUUGGAGCACUUCAUGCUUUAUAUGUGCCUCUGGAGAUAAGAGAAGAUGUACCAGAAAAGAAAAGUAAAGCUGAUGUAAUGGGUAUUUGGUGUAGUGAUGAAGUCAAAGUCACUAAAUCCAUCCCUGUUACUACAGCUAUAGAAUCAGGAAGGGUUGUUGCUAGAGAUAUUGGAGGUUCAGACCCAGAGAGAAUGGCUGCCCCGCGUGUUCUUCAAUAUGUACAAGAAACAUUAAAAGAUUCUGGCAUCAAGAUUAAUGUAAUUUCUGAUAAAAAUGAAUUCAAGAAAAGUUUUCCCCUAUUGGAAGCUGUAAACAGGUGUGCAAGCAAUGUAGAUAGACACACAGGGAGACUGAUUUUCUUGGAAUAUGAAGGUGAAGGAAAGAUAGAUACAACUCUCUUUCUCGUUGGCAAGGGAAUUACCUAUGAUACAGGUGGUGCUGACAUCAAAGCUGGAGGUGUCAUGGCAGGUAUGCACAGAGACAAAUGUGGGGCUGCUGCAGUUGCAGGAUUCUUCAAGAUCUUGUCCAUGCUUAAACCAAAGGGACUGAAAGUUGUCGGAGCAUUGGCAAUGGUGAGGAAUAGUGUAGGGCAAGACUGUUAUGUUGCUGAUGAGAUUAUUACAUCCAGAGCUGGAGUGAGGGUCCGUGUGGGUAAUACUGAUGCUGAAGGAAGAAUGGUCAUGGCUGAUGUAUUAUGUAAAAUGAAAGAAGAUGCAUUAUCAGCUGUCAAUCCACAGUUAUUCACCAUAGCAACCCUCACAGGACAUUCCAUUAGAGCAAUGGGACCUAAUUAUUCAAUAAUAAUGGACAAUGGUCCAGCAAGAAAAUUGAAGACCGCCCAAACAAUGCAGGAAGCAGGGGACCGUAUUGGUGAUCCAUUUGAAAUAUCAACACUUAGGAGAGAUGAUUAUGAGUUCCACACUGGAAAAUCAGAAUAUGAAGAUGUGUUACAGUGUAACAAUGCUCCUUCAACAAUGACAGCUCGUGGGCAUCAAGGACCUGGUGCAUUCCUUAUCAAGGCUUCAGGUUUGGAAAAGCAUGGAAUAGAUUCAAACAAGCCAUUACCAUAUUCCCAUCUAGAUAUUGCUGGAUCUUCAGGACCAUUCCCUGGAAUUCCUACUGGAGCACCUAUUGUAGCAUUCACAGAGAAAUAUGUCAUUCCAAGAUUAUAAACUUAAAAAACAUAAAUCAUUAUUCAGAGACUUGUCAUAAUAACUAAAUGUAAAGUAUAAAUUUGAUUGUAAUAUGUUUUGCAAGAAAUUAGGGUUGUUUUCAUACAUAGAAAUGAUUGCAUGUACAAUUUAUUUUUGUUGAAUGAUAUAUAUUCACAAAUUUGUAGAUUAUAGUAGUUAUUUAGACUAUUAAAUUCAUUGAAAUCAGUGUAUUCAUGCAUUAUGAAGAUAGAUUAAUCUAAAUGAAAAAGGGACUAUAUUCUGUUUGAUCGUAUUGCUGUUAUUUAAGGAGGGAACAUUUAUUGAUUUGAAUUAUUAAUUUAUGAAUUAUUUUUUUAUGAAAUAAAUUAUUGAAGGCUUA